CAAGUCCCAACUCCAACAGGCAUCUGUGCACAUAAGCUGGCCUCCCUCUCUAAACUCAUCUCUUGCCAUUUAACCUAUAGGACCCCAAGGCGGAGGACUCCCUCACAACUGGAGACCCUGCCUAGGACUUAAAAGAAGGGAUUACUUUUGGAGGAAGCCUUUCCUGCUAAUUGUGCUGCCUCUUCUGGUCUCCCUGAAUCUAACAUCCUGCACACUCACUGUUGACACUAUGUGACUACCUGUCACUGGUGCGGCCCAGCACGCGCGAAUCAAACGGAAGAGGCGGAGACGCCAACCAAGCAAAGGAACCCGCGCUCCAGUGUCCACCGCCAGGCUGGAGAGCAGACAUCCUUUCUACGCAAGCGCGGCUUCCAGGCCAGGGGCGGGACCUAGACGGUCUAAGGGGCGGGGUCACAUCUGGGCCCGCCUCCACUAGCUCUCGUGAGCCUCGGAGCGCUGGGCACCCCACUACUCUAGGGGCUUCAGAAAGGUGCCGCCCAAAAGACCCUGGGUGGGCACCGGGCGCAGCUGUCUCUUCGCGUUUUCCUGUCCGUCUUUGUGUCUGUCUCUGUGUCUGUCUGGCUGUCUCCGAGGUUGCCUCCACUUCUAGAACUAAGCGCUUCCGGGACACCCACAACCCACGAACCCUCAUCCCUUUCCAAUGGCAGGAUACUUGCCCCCCAAAGGCUACACCCCUUCGCCCCCUCCUCCCUACCCUGUGACUGCUGGGUACCCAGAGGCAGCACAGCAUCCUGGGUCAGGGCAGGCGCCAUUGCCCACCCACGUGCCUGCCCCUGCUCCUGGCUUCGCUCUCUUCCCCUCACCUGGCCCUAGUGUCCCAGGGCCUGCUGCCCCUCUCUUGCCACUGCCCGGGGUGCCUUCUGGCCUCGAAUUCCUGGUGCAGAUCGAUCAGAUCUUGAUUCACCAGAAGGCUGAACGAGUGGAAACACUCCUAGGCUGGGAGACAAGUAACCGGUAUGAACUGCGCUCAGGGGCUGGGCAGCCCCUGGGUCAGGCGGCUGAAGAGAGCAACUGCUGUGCCCGUCUGUGCUGUGGCGCCCGCCGGCCCCUUCGUGUCCGUCUGGUGGACCCUGGGGACAGAGAGGUGCUGCGCCUGCUCCGCCCACUCCACUGUGGCUGCAGCUGCUGCCCCUGCGGCCUCCAGGAGAUGGAAGUACAGUCUCCACCCGGCACCACCAUUGGCCACGUGCUACAGACCUGGCAUCCCUUCCUCCCCAAGUUUUCCAUUCAGGAUGCAGAUCGCCACACGGUCCUGCGAGUGGUGGGGCCCUGCUCGACCUGUGGUUGCGGCACAGACACCAACUUUGAGGUGAAGACCCUGGAUGAGUCCCGCAGUGUGGGCCGCAUCAGCAAGCAGUGGGGGGGACUGCUCCAAGAAGCCCUCACGGAUGCAGAUGACUUUGGCUUGCAGUUCCCGCUGGAUCUGGAUGUGAAAGUGAAGGCUGUGCUGCUGGGAGCCACAUUCCUCAUUGACUACAUGUUCUUCGAGAAGCGAGGAGGCACUGGGCCCUCUGCCAUCACCAGUUAGACAUCACCUCAGGGUGAGGAGACUAUCACCGCAACCAGAAUCCGAGAUGGUCACCUGGCCUGGCCUGGCCUGGCCCCUCCUCAGAGGCAGCCCCUUUCCUCCAUGUACACUACAGGGGACAAACAGGGAUGCCUAAGAGGCUGGGGGCCAUGGUGCCCCACUCCUACCCUCUUCCCCUGGCCUCCUUCACCUGUGGCCCCCACAGAAGGGUAUGUAUGAGAGCCCUUCCCCUGCUACCUCUCACCACUGUCUCUGGCAAUCCCUCAGCACAAGGCAUAUCGGCAUAUUGGCUUUCAGACUUUCCCUAUUCACUUCCUCCUACCGACUUCUGGGGCCUCUGCUCUGGUUUUUGGAAUCCAAGGCUCUGGGGUUUCACAAAGGAAGCUGGGGUGGAGAGGGUAAGCAGCACCAAAGACGGCUGAUAUGGCCACCCUUCGCUGUGUCAGCUUGACCACUUAGUUCAGCCUCAGACCGUGGCACUCAGAGGGGGUCCCCACAUCCCCAGCUACAGCUCUAGGGCCUAGGCCUCGGCGCGGACCUCCUCUUCCCCGUGGGCCAUUCUCAUAGCUGGUGCUUGCUGCAGCUUCCUCUGCCUUACUUAACCACCCCUCCUUCCAUGUUCUUACAAAGGAGGCUGCAUCUUUGUAUGUUAUAUUCAUAUAAACUUUGUAACUUUUUGGA